AUGGCGGCGGCAUCUUCAGUUUUCCACAGAGUCAGAACAGGCUCAAAAAUAGGCGCCCAGUACGACCAAGAUGGAAAUAUUAUCCAGGUGGAGACACGAGAGGAUGAGGAGCAGAGCAUCAAGUUGGCUGAGAUCCUGGAGCUGCUGUUGGCGGCUGGAUACUUCAGAGCCAGGAUUAAAGGGUUGUCCCCAUUUGAUAAGGUGGUGGGAGGAAUGACCUGGUGCAUCACAACAUGCAACUUUGACGUGGAUGUCGAUUUACUAUUUCAGGAAAACUCAACCAUCGGUCAGAAGAUAGCUCUCACUGAGAAAAUCGUGUCUGUUUUACCCAAAAUGAAGUGUCCACACCGACUGGAACCACAUCAAAUUCAAGGACUGGACUUUAUCCACAUUUACCCCGUCAUACAAUGGUUGGUGAAACGCGCUAUCGAAACGCGGGAGGAGAUGGGCGACUAUGUGAGGGCUUAUUCCAUUUCACAGUUCAACAAAACCCACAAACUCCCAGAGGAUGUUGAGUUUGAGCAAAGAAAAGGCAAAGCAGUAAAGACAGUUCUGGACGUUUUGGAUGCGUACAAACCUCAGAGGAAGUAUAGGAGGCAACGAGACGCUGCUGAUCUGACCGACGAGGAGUCCAGGGUCCACUCUACUCUCCUGGAAUAUGGCAGACAGACACUUUCCGAUAUCCUGAGGUAUGGAUUCAGUAAGCAGACCAAACCAGACAAAGUGGACGGUCAGAAGGCCGUAGUAGCUGGUGUUUCUACCUCAGGAGCAGACGUAUCCGAGGAGGAGGACCUGCAGGAGGUGGAGGAGAGGCGGAUUAAGACUCUGAUGACCAACAUGGCUGCCAUGGCGAUAGAGGAGGGAAAACUGACGGCCAGUGCGGUGGGUCAGAUAGUAGGACUACAGUCGGAGGAGAUCAAGCAGAUCGCUUCAGAGUACAAGGACAAGCAGAGCGAGUUGUCCUCAGAGGAGCUGUCGGAGCGGUAUGGGCCUCUGCAGCAGCACCGGCGGACUGUGGCCUCACUGCACAAACAGAUCCAACAAAAGAGCAAGGCGCUGGAGGAGCUUCAAGCCAAACACGACGAGGUGAAAGCCAGCUGCGACGAGGCAAAGAGAAGACUUACAGAGGUGUCGGAGGAAUCUGAGCGGCUGGAGAAGGAGCUGCAGUCGCUGGAGGUGAUGGAGAAGAGCGCAGACCCAGCGCUCCUGGACAAGCUGCGCGCCCUCGUCACCAUGAACGAGAGCCUGAAGCAGCAGGAGCUCGAGUUCAAGACGCACUGUCGGGAGGAGAUGGCUCGUCUGCAAGAGGACAUCGACAAGUUAAAAACAGAAUCUGGUCAGGACAAUGAGGAAGAGAAGGAGAGGAACCAGCUGAUAGACAGACAGUACACAGCGGAGAGAGAGAAGCUGCAGAAGAUCCGUCUGCUCAUGGCUCGCAGGAACAGAGAGAUCGCCAUUCUGCAGAGGAAAAUCGACGAGGUUCCCAGUCGAGCAGAACUCACCCAGUACCAGAAGAGGUUCAUCGAGCUAUACAGCCAAGUUUCCGCCACUCACAAGGAGACCAAGCAGUUCUUCACUUUGUACAACACACUGGACGACAAGAAGCUGUACCUGGAGAAGGAGUCCAACCUGCUCAACUCCAUCCACGACAACUUCCAGCAAGCCAUGUCCUCAGCUGGAGCUAAGGAGCAGUUCUUGAGGCAGAUGGAGCAGAUCGUGGAGGGCAUCAAGCAGAGUAGAAUAAAGAUGGAGAAGAAGAAGCAGGAGAACAAGAUGAGGAGAGACCAGCUGAACGAUGAGUACCUGGAGCUGCUGGACAAACAGCGCCUGUACUUCAAAACGGUCAAGGAUUUCAAAGAGGAAUGCCGUAAGAACGAGAUGCUGCUGUCCAGGCUCCAGAGCAAAGGCGCCUCCUGA